AUGAGAUAAAAAUUAUAACUUAAAGGAGACACUUCGCUUUCUUAAUCAGCCAUUUAAAGAAGAAAUUCAAAUCAGAGAUAGAAAUCUCCAGUAUAGGGAAGAAGAUUAUUCUUGAGUCAUGUAAUUUAGACUCCUUAAAGUCAAUAAUAUGGAUAGACUCAGCAAUAAUAAUUAUAAUAACCUUAAUAACAACAACUUAUAUAGGGAAGAUCACAUAGUUAAUCAAAAGUUGUAUUUCAAGAGGAAAUACCUUAGAAAUGGCCAAUAAUAUAACUACCAUUUUUGAAGAACACUGAACCAACAAUAUUUUUUUAGUACCCUCCUGUUUGCGAAGAUAAAAGACCUUUAGUGAAUGCAAGGCCUAUGACAGAAGAAGAAAUCAAGAAAUAUUCAUUAACUUGCAAGGUAUUGGGGUCUGCUCCAUAUAAAUGUGUAUUAACAUCGUUUGAUUGGGCAGGUUUUAAAAGAAUAGAUGAAGAUGACGAAGAUGAAGAAUGGAAUGUUUAAUGGGGAAUUGGCAACAAAACAACUUUGAGAAAUAUGAAUAGAUAUCAGAAAAUUAAUCAUUUUCCUGGGUGUUGGAACAUGGGUAGAAAGGAUCUAUUGUGGAUAAAUUUAAGUAAAUUCAAAAGAAAGUACCCUAAAGAAUAUAAUUUUAUUCCAAACACUUAUUUAUUGUAAUAUGAUUAUGAUAGAUUUAUUAUGGCUUAAGAAUCUGCAUAGAAGGAUACUUUAUGGAUUAAGAAGCCUUGUGCAGAUUCUAGAGGAAGAGGCAUAACAAUGAUUAGCAAAAAGUCAAAGGUUAAGAGAGACAAAAACUUUUUAAUUAUGGAUUACAUUUAUAAUCCUCAUUUAAUUAAUGGAUUUAAAUAUGAUCUACGAGUCUAUGUCCUAAUAUCAUGUUUUGAUCCUUUGAGAGUGUAUAUGUAUAAGGAUGGUCUCGUAAGAUUUGCAACUCAGAAGUAUUCUACAAACUCAAAGGAUCUAACCAAGAGGUAUAUUCACUUGACAAACUUUGCUGUGAAUAAAUUAUCACCUAAUUUCGUAAAGAAUUAAAACUCUUAAAAGGACGAUGAAGGAUCAAAAUGGUCUCAUCAUGCCUAUCGAAAAAAAUUAGAGGAAUUAGGAGUUGAUUCAAGGGAACUGUUCAAUAGGAUUAAAGAUGUCGUACUAAAAACAUGUAUUGCAACAGAACCAUUUAUGUUGGAUAGUAAUGCCAAAUCUCAAGAACACAGAAAUGGUUAUUUUGAAUUAUAUGGAUUCGAUGUACUCAUUGAUGAAAAUCUCAAACCAUGGGUAUUAGAAGUUAAUGUCUCACCAUCUCUUAAUUCCAGUUCACCACUAGAUAAAAAGAUUAAGACUUUUUUAAUUUCGGAUGUCUUGCAUCUAGUUGGAGUGCCUCUUUGGGAUAAGAGUAACUAGAAAGUUGCAUCUCCUCCUAAAUACAAUCAAAGGAACAUCAAGGAAAUCCCAAAUAUCAAUACAUCUAAUUGCUUAAGCAAGUUAUCGUAAAAUGAUUUUAAUAUGCUCAUUCACACCGUAGAGGAAGUCAAAAGAAGAGGAAAAAACUUUUCAUGUAUAUUUCCAAAUCCUAAAACUAUUCAUUAAUAUAUGGAUCUAUUUGAAUUUCCUAGAUAUAAUAAUAAACUAAUUGAGCGCUUUUAUUAAGACAGAUGUAAUUGGUUGUCUAGAUAUAAUUGA